AAAAUGGAGACUUCUCAGAUUCGCCAGAAUUACGACUGUGACUGCGAAGCUUUGAUCAACAAGAUGGUGAAUUUGGAGCUUUAUGCUUCCUACACCUACACUUCAAUGGCUCACUAUUUCAAACGGGAUGAUGUCGCCCUUCCUGGUUUUGCAAAGUUCUUCAAGGAGAACAGCGUGGAAGAGCGUGAGCAUGCCGAGAAAUUCAUGGAGUUCCAGAACAAGAGGGGUGGAUGCAUUGUUCUUCAGAAUGUAAAGAAGCCCGAGCGUGAUGAGUGGGACAAUGGAGUGGUUGCAAUGCAGUGCGCUCUGCAGCUGGAAAAGAACGUCAACCAGGCUCUGCUGGAUCUGCAUAAGGUUGCCUCUGAGAAGGUUGACCCUCAUCUUUAUGACUUCCUGGAGACUCACUGUCUGAAUGAGCAGGUUGAGGCCAUCAAGAAGCUUGGUGAUCACAUCACCAACCUGUCAAAGAUGGGUGCUGGCAACAACAGGAUGGCGGAGUAUCUGUUUGACAAGCACACCCUGGAUGGACAGAGCUAAACGCGGCCCUCAGAUCAACUGCAUGCUGUCCAAGCAAGGUGGAAAGGUUAACAUCAAGCAAAUGUUCUACGUCACUGUUAUAAAAUGAUGCAGUCUUGCUAUUUUAAUUACUCAUCUUGUGAUUGUCACCAAGCGAAGCUUUCCUGUUGAAUGUAAACUGGUUUUAACCUAGUGAAUUUGAUAAAUAAACAUU